CUCCUGCCCGGUCACAUGGGGAAGCCGCGACAGGAACCGGGGCCGAGCGCGGGCGCAGCAGCGGAGAUGGAAAUCGAAGCCCCCCCGGCCACCCCCGACCCCCCGGCCCUACUGAAGACCUACAAGUGGCGCACGGCGACCACCGCCCCACCCGGCGGGGACCCCGAGAGGGGCGGGGGGUCCCCGGGGAGCCGGCGCUGGGCGCGGCUGCAGGGCUGGAAACGCUCCUACAGCCACCCCGGCAGCGACGGCGACAGGGCUGGCGACAGGGGUGGCGACAGGGCUGGCGACAGGGGUGGCGACAAGGGUGGCGACAGGGGUGUCCCCAAGGGCAGCGCGCGGCGGUCGCUGUUCCAGAGGGCGUUUUCAGCCCCGUCCAAGGCGCCCAAGGAGCCGCGGGGAGCGGAGGGGACGCGGCCCCCGCUGCAGCGGUACCUGCGCGGCCCGGGCCGGAGGAGGGGACGCGGGGACAGCGGCGCGGAGCUGGGGGGGCACGACGGGGCAGGUGAGGGUGACCCUCGCGGGGACGUCCCCACGCUGCCGGUGCCCCCCGAUGCCACCGUGUGGGACGUGUCCCAGUUCUCGCUGGUGGACGGACACCUGGUGCCACUGGGCAGGGACGAGGAGGGCUCGUGGCGGAGCAGGACCAGUGCCACGUCCGAGGCCACCAACCUGUACCCGGCGGGCAGGAGGGACCCUGACCCGGACGAGAGGAACCCCCGGGGGGUCACGAGGAGCUCCGAAAAUGAGACCCCGCCCAGCUCCCAGUUCAGCAACGUCAAGGGGCUGCUCUGGAAGAGGCUCCUCCGGGACAGGAAAAGUCGCGGUGGCACCAAAAGCGACGCGGUGGCGGCGGUCCCGGAGGGUGACAGGGUCCCCAGCCGCAGCGCUUCCCGCGAAUCUCUGGUGCCACCGGCCGAGCUGGACCUCACCGGGGACAACGUCAUCGUCCGGCCCGUGCACGGCAGCGUCGUGGGGGAGAGGUUCUGCUUCCAGGUGAUCACGGCCGAGGGCAGCCGCUCCUUCGGCUGCGCCUCCCUGGCCGAGCGCGACCGCUGGAUCGAGGAGCUGCGCCGGACAGCCCAGCCCAACAAGGACAACUGCGAGCGCCUGGAGCUGGCCCUGACCCUUUGGGUCUACGAAGGCCGGGACCUCCCCCCGCGGCGCCGCCUCCGCUGCCACCUCCAGCUGGACGGCGCCAUCUUCGCCCGCACCACGGCCAAGGCGGCCGGCGCCGACGGCCAGCUCUUCUGGGGGGAACUCUUCCAGUUGGCCGCGCUGCCCCCGGCGCGCACCCUCACCGUCGCCCUGUGCCGCGAUGACCAACCGGGGACGCCGGUGGCCGCCGUCACCAUCCCGCUGGCCGAGCUGGCGGCAGCCCGGCAGCCCCUGGAGCGCUGGUACUCCCUGAGCGGCGGCGGCGGUGGCGAGCGGGCGCCGGCGGUGCGGCUGCGCGGGCGCUACCGCGAGGUGCGGGUGCUGCCCAUCGUGCGCUACAAGGAGCUGGCUGAGUUCAUCACCUUCCACUACCGGGAUCUGUGUGGCCACCUGGAGCCGGCCAUCGCCGCGCGGCACAAGGAGGAGCUGGCCGGAGCCUUGGUGCACGUCCUGCAGAGCACCGGCAAGGCCAAGUCGUUCCUGAUCGACCUGGGCGUGGCCGAGCUUGACCGCUUCGAUGACCACGAGGCGCUGAUCUUCCGCGAGAACACCUUGGCCACCAAGGCCAUCGAUGAGUACAUGAAGCGUGGGGGCCAAUACCUGCAGGACACGCUGGGGGAGGUGGUGGCCCGGCUCUGCAGCUCCGAGGAGAGCUUCGAGGUGGACCCCAGCAAAUGCUCGGGGCUGGAGCUGUCCGAGCACCGGCAGCACCUGCGGCAGGUCUGCGAGGAGACCCUGCGGCGCAUCACCGACGGCUCCGAGUCCUUCCCGGCGGAGCUGGGCGAGGUGUUCGCAGCGUGGCGGGACGAGUGCGCAGCGCGGGGCAAGGCGGCCAUCGGGCAGCGCCUGGUGUCGGCCUCGCUCUUCCUGAGGUUCCUGUGUCCGGCCAUCAUGUCCCCGAGCCUCUUCGGCCUCGUCCAGGAAUACCCCAGCGAGGCCACCGCCCGCACCCUCACGCUGGUGGCCAAGGUCAUCCAGAACUUGGCCAACUUCACCACCUUUGGCGAGAAGGAGCCCUACAUGACCUUCAUGAAUGAGUUCCUGGAGCAGAACUUGGCCACCAUGACCGACUUCCUGGGGGCCGUGGCCACCCCCGAGGCCAGUGCCCACAUGGCCACCUACGAUGGCUACGUGGACCUGGCCCUGGAGCUCGCCACGCUCCACCUGCUGCUCUGUGACAUCUUCACCAGCCUGGACCAGGCCACGCAGGAGGAGCUGGAGCCGCUGCCCACCAUCCUCAGGGCCAUCAGGGAGGGGACACCUGUCCCCGUGUCCGUCCGCCUCAGCUCCACCGCCAGAGAAGCCCCCAAGCCGGGCUUUGUCCCCCCGCGGGACCUGGGCAAGCACAGCCCCCUCAUCAAGAGCCAGUCCCUGACCAGCGUCCGGCGCGUCCGGGGCCGCGACGAGGGCAAGGGGACGGGGACAGAGCCGGAGCCGUCCCCGGAACCGUCCCCGAUCCCGGUGCCGACCCCGGUGCCGGCCCGGCAGCGCCGCAACGUCCAGCGCACCCAGAGCGUCCCGGCCCAGGGCAAGGCCGCCCGGCGUCCGGCCAAGCCGGACAGUGCCGGACACGCGGAUGAGGCGCCGCCUGAAGAUGGCACGGGGUCACCUGUGCCCGGUGACCCCCGGGGGAAGCUGCGCUCGUCGGCGUCGCUGCCGCGCAAACCCGCGGUGCCCUGGCAGCGCCUGGCCGAGGACCCGGUGGCCCCGGGCGAGCUCUACGCGCUGCGGCCACUCGAGAAGCACGGGCGGCUGCUGGAGGCGCUGCGGGAGGAGCUGGCGGAGCACCGGGAGCGGCUGGAGCGGGCGGAGGCGCGGGCGGCGCGGGCGGAGGAGCAGCACCGGGAGCUCCUCGAGCGGCUCCGGGCGCAGCUGGACGAGAGCAACGCCCGCGCCGCCAACCUGGCGGCCAGGCUGACGGCGGCUGAAGGGAGCCGGAAAAAGGACCUGGAGAGGCUGAAAACCAGCGAGGAACAGGGCCGGGAACUGGAGCGGCGCCUCUCGGGGCUGCAGCGGGAGCUCUCGGAGCUGCGCGGGGCCCUGGCCCGGGGCCACCCCCGCGGUGUCCCCGUGUCCCCCCCGAGGGCCGGGACGAGCCCGGCGCCGACGACGCGCAGGCCACCAGAGCGUGUGACAGCCGAGAUGUCCGCCGAGAUGUCGCUGAGAUGUCGCCGGCACCGAGCGGCUGCGGGGGGGCUCGGGAGGCAAAUAAACGAUGGCACUGCCAGCGGCGGGCGCGUCCUGGGGACAUCCCGGGGUCCCUCAGGUCCCUUUUUUGGGGGGCGGUGACAGAGCCCGGGGUACCUCAGGUCCCUUUUGGGGG